UUCACUUACGACAUGUACGAAAUUGCCAAACAAAAUAGGAGGGAAAUAUCAAAAGAAACUAUAUUUUUUCAUACAUUAACGAGAUAUUAAAAAUGCCUUCAAUUAUGAACUAGAUAAGAAAAUGUGAGAUUUUCAGUGUAUAUAUAUUAUUGUUAAUCUUUCUGCUACUAAAUUUUUCACAUAAUUAUAAUAAAAUGGAAGAAUUACGAUCAAAACAUAAGUCUAUACAGACUGCUGCUCAUCAUAUCGCGCUGGAAUGUAUACACCCCCAGUCAGCUCACGGCUCCCCAUACCACGUGCACCCGUACCCCUCCCCAGUACGCCUGCAGCAUGCGUUCCAGGCUCACAACAGCCCAAAGAUGUUUCACCCGAAGGGGCUUAAACCACACUUUGAUCCUCGAGGCACGCCAAACGAGAGCCCAAUCCUGGGCAGGGCACUAUGCCUCACGCCUCGAGGCAGUCCAGUACCCGGCCGGGUGUCCCAUCUCAACGAGAAGUUUCAGGAUUCACUAACGCUCACAUCCGACACGGAUGCUCUCGUUGCCAAAAUCAGUGCUAUGUUUCCGACUGUUAGUGAGACACAUAUCAAAAUAUUGUUGAAAAAAUACUACAAUCGGGAAGCGGUAGUCAUAAGCGCGCUACAAGUGGAGAAACACCCAAUAACAACCCCGGGGCCCCUGACAAUGUCACCUUCUGCUGUAAGACUACAGAAGAGCGCUGUCGGCGUGUACUCGGCGCUGCAACUCGCUAAAGGUGUCGCCGGUUCUAUGCAGGGCUCCAGUCACUUCACACCGCUGAGCGGCACGCCGCAUGGAUCACCUUCACUUCUUCGGCCUGCGUCGGGCGCUUCCAGUUACUACGGCACUAAUAGAUCCACCGAUGGUCAAGUUAAACAUCAGUCACCUAAAAUGAAACUUAAAUACCUAAAGAGUAUAUUUCCUAAAGCAGAAGAAACAUUGAUCCUGGAUGUGUUAGCGAAUAAAGAUAACAACGUCCAGAAAGCGAGCGAGGAGCUGAUUUCGAUGGGAUUCCCCAAGAAAGAGACGAUCAUAAUCAAGGAAAAGAAAGAAAAAGAAACUCCUCAGCCUCCAAAGAAGGUAGUCACUAUAAUGAAGACUAUCGAAGAGAAGAAUGAACUUAAACAAAAGCUGCUGAAGAAAUACGACAGCAUUGCGGAGCGAGUGAUAUCAAUAGCUCUGGAUAGCGUGGACUACAACGAGGAGAGAGCAGAGCAGAUCCUCAGCGCUGUGCUCCAGGAAGAGGAGGCACCGAAGGUCUCAAAGAUGGUAGAAGUCAAGGAUUCGAGAAGGCCUUCCCAGGUCGACAUCAAGAAGGGUGUGUGCGCCAGUGAAGACCCGCGAGACCCGAGCCCCCUGCCCGUCGCCCCCGCAGCGCGCCGCAUCAAGACUUGGACAGAGCAUUUGAAGCCGAUCCUGAAAUCCAGUAGCAGUACGGAAUCGAAACAUAAAUCGCAGUACAGCGUCCCGAAAAAUGGACCGAAUCCUACGCUUCGACAAGGCCCUAAGGACAGUCUACUAUUGUUGGACUAUAUUACAUGGAAUGGUCCCAACCCUGAUCUCAGGACGGGCCAGUCUGUCAAGCCAGAGGGUCCAGACUCUCGAGAUCGGCCUGUCACCCUUGCUCGAGGACCGACCGGCCUUGCGAAGGGACCUGCUGGGAUUGCCAAAGGGUCCAUUUAUCAGAAACUUAACAAGAAAUCAGCUAAAAUCGUAGCCUGAGAUGUGAGGAGUAGUAGUAUUAAGUUCACCGUCAUCCAGUAAGUUUUGAAUAUAAUUAAAAUAGACAAAGCAGAAUACUUGAACUUAAUUUGGAUUUACUACCAGCUUUAGAACGUUGUAUUACUUUAUUUUAAGAGAACAAAACACAUUGUAACUUCAAUAUUAACUUCAAAACAUUAUUACUAAAGUUUAUAAUUUACCUAAACAUACACAUAAUCUAAACAUUAACGACACAAUAUAGGAAAUAAAAAUUAUAGUGAAAUCGAUAAUCUUUUCCUAUUUCAGGUUACUUUAUAUUCCUAUUUAUCUUAAAUUAAAAAAAAAUCUUUAUAU